AAAAACCGUCAUUUCGUGUCGUCUCCUACCUGGUCUAUCUCUCUUCCGCCUCAUCCCCUCUCCGCGAUCGCACCAGAAACCCUCGGUCCAAUCCCACCCACGAGCUCCCAAACCCUACGAUCGCCGUGGAAACCCUGGGAAUCGUGGUUCUCUGAUCUCCUCCUCGAAUGGAUCUUCGCGUCGCUUCGAAGCUCCAUCUACUAAUUUUGGUCUCCUUCCUCUUCCUCAAAGCUAGGGGGGGGAGCACUCGCUCCGUCGUGUUUAUUGAUGGCGCUUCUCAUAAGUAUAUCCGGAACCAGCAAUUGGAUGGGGCGGAGUCCAAUUUAAUGGCACUAGAUGAAGUUGCUGCAACCACAUCAGUCUUGCUUGGUUUUGCACCACCUCUUUCUCUUGCUGAUGACUCUUCAGCUAAGUUAAACAAGGUUCUGCUGCCCAAUCCUUUUGAUAGGCCACGAGCUGUUUUCAUGCUAGAAGUUGAUGGAGUUGAUGAUACGCUGCUGUCUUCUGAAAAAUCUUUCAAAAGUAGGGUUGGGGGAGCAAGUAAAGCUGAAAUAAGACUUCCAGGUGAGGAUGAGGUUUCUAUUGUGCGACUAGAUGAAUCUCUUGAUAUCGAGUGCAAUGCGGCUUGCCUCGACCAGGAACUCAAGAAUCUGGCAGAUUGGCUGGGCGGAUCAUAUGUUGAUGGCGAGAUGACCCUUCCCUUGGCUAGUGGAAAUGUUCUUAAAUUACAUGUUUUAAAGGAAGCAGACCUGCAAUUUGCGUCUAGUCUUGUAUCUUUUCUUAGGACCAUUAGAAAGGGUGUAGAAAUUCAUGAAGAUUUAGCUGGAAGCAUUGUGAACCCUGCAGAAUUACUGAUUGGCCGAUUCACAGGCAUUAAGGCUCUGGAAGAGGAAUAUGGUUCAGGGAAAAUGGUUUCGCUGGGAAUGGAAGUAUUCCAGACAGUACUUACCAAGUCAUUUGAUCUACUACAGAACUCAUAUGGAGGGAAAAUUGUUGGAGUUGUAAUAUUCAAUAAGGAGCACACUGCACAUGUGGGAGCCAUGAUAGAUGUGGUAUUUCCUUUGCGUAUUUCUCGGUGGUUAGAUGAAGUGAGCCAAGCUAAUUCAACUGAUUCAGUGACACUGGUCAGACGGACUUUGGCCUGGACUACUGGAAUUAUCCUUCUCGUCUCAACUAUCCUUGGGGUAUGCUUGCUAAUGAAUAUGCCACUUACAAGGGACACCCUUCUCUACUCAAAUGUCAAGCUCGAUUGAUUUCGGAGCCAGGGCAUAGGGGCUGCCAAAAGGAGAUUUUGAACAACAUUGUGAAGUUUUCCCAGAUUUACCCAGCAAAUUAGAAUUGAUCUAUCAUAUUGUAGACCCAAUAUUGGCAACUUCAAUCAUAUUUAUCUUUAGUGCGGCACACUUAUUUGCUGCUUUGUGGAUUUUUGUGAAGUGCUGGGAUUUGUUUUGCUGGAUAUCCGGGAAGGAGAAGUCAGACCUCCUAAAUAAUUGUACACUUUGUACUUUCUUGCUGCAACUGUGUAAGUUAUCCGAAUUGUUUUUUGGUUGUUUGCAGUGUUUUCGUUCA